ACGUGGAAGAUGGGAAAGAGAGAGUUUUCAGAUGCGACAAUGUUGAUGGUGUGUGGGAUUGUGGCGAUGGUGAUGGUGCCACUGAUUUCAGCACAAUUUGAAUGUGGUAAUGUGUUUGCAAUUUACUGGGAAUGUGAUCAAUACAUCCAACGGUCAGGGCCAAUGGUUCCACCAUCUGGGACAUGCUGCAGAGCACUGGAUGGCAGUAAUGUCACCUGUCUCUGCCAAUAUUUUGCAGAAUAUGAGUCGCGUUACAGCACGGAAAAAGUUGUCUAUGUCCUCAGUGAGUGUGGUAUGCCACUUGCUUCUGGAACCAAGUGUGGAAAUUACACUGCUCCGUAGCUCCGAGGGAGACGCAUGCAUACAUAUAUAUAUAUCUAAAUAAAUCAGCCAAACAUGGUCUUGCAUGCGUUGUCAUGUCUUACUUUUUUUUCUAUUAUUAUUAUUAUUAUUCCGUUCCAGUUCAAUGUUAAUUGAUGCAACAGGAACAUGGUUUUUCUUUAGUAAUGUCAUUAUCAUUAAGUGGGAAGCGACUUUAUCAAUAUA